AUGGAUCUGUGGGCUGCAUUUGCAGCCGCUGGUGCCGAAUAUUUGGCCAAGCACAAGCAGGAAUCGUCGAAGAGCAGCGGAGUUGGCUCCUCAAGGAAGGUGAUCUCGAACCCCACCGGCGAGGAAUCCGAAGUUAACAAGCCAUCUGUUCAGCAGGUUGUUAUAGCCGAGUCCAGAAGAUGCCAGUCGGAGGAGGGCUUUCCCUCUGUUACGGAUCGGAUACGUUUGGAUUCACAGCGCGGCGGCGUUUUUCUGGAGAGGACAGCUCCUAGCGGUAGGUUUGAGGGAGAGAUUUUAUCUGGCUUGGACGAAUAUAUGAGCAACACGAGCACUCUGUUGAGCUUGCAACCAUGGAUCUUCAGGAAAGAGAGUUACCAUGACGGUGGGGAAUUGAGUUCAAUGACAAGUGAGGAUCAGUAUCCUCACGCUGCUAAUAUGCGGCAGGCCCAACUUAACUCUAGGAACGUUGGUCCUGGUUUUGGUUUUGGAAGAAGUAAAAACUCUCUGAGGAGUCGGAGAGCCCGCAGAUUCUCUGUUAAGCCCUUGACUUGUAUUGAUAAUAGCCUAAUUCCUCAGAUCUACAACAGCAAUUUUGACUUUGAAGAGUUUCUUGCUACCCCAAUUCCGUCCCCUGCUUCACCACCUGUGAGGCCAUUUGUGGUUACUGAUGGCAGGCGCAUAAUUAGUAAAUCAAGUUCUGAGCAAGUCAAUUUGCAGACUCCUAGUUUACAUCACCUUUGUGGGGAGGCUGAUAACAGAGAAAGGGAACUGCUAUUUGGAGAUCAGGGUUUGCAGCCUUGCAGACCUAAACGGAAAUGUGAAGAGGCAGAUCUUGGAAGAUUGGGGUCUUCUGAUUCGCAGCCAUGCCCAGGAGUUUCCCAUUUACCAGGUAGAGCGCUCUUGAUGUUUUCCACUGUACAUUUAAAUAUUCAUUGUGAUUCGGUUUCUUUUGAAGAUGGCCACUCAUGCCCCGCAAACCCUUAUUACUAUAAAAUAUUUUGAAAAUAUGAAAACAAGCGGGAAAUCUUAAAGAACAUUGUUUUCAGUUGUAUAUUUAGAUCCGGUUAAAGUCUGGUUCGGGCAUUAGCUCCUGGAUCAUCUCUCUGGGAUUGAAAGGAUCAUUAUCAUAUCCAGAAACAUUACGGGAUUAACCAUUCAUUUUCCAAUGAUUAUAAUUACUAUUUAUUUUUCCUGUAAAAAAAAUUACACACAAUUCCCGGAAUUAAUAUUUAUUUUUUGCUCUUGCUUUACUAUGGCUUAUUUAUUUGCUAAAUCAUUCAUUUACUCUUUGACGAUGCCCCAUUUUUCUCUUUUCGCCAGAGCCUGUUGGCCAUGCCCUUUUUUUCUGUCUUGGAGUUAGUGUUGGCGUGAUGUCUAGUUUUCUAUCAAGCAGCAGAGAGGUGGAUAAAUUAAAUGACUUGCUGAAGCAAAGGGAAAACUUGGUUCAAGAUCUACAAGAAGAACUGGUGAUGAAAGAUUCCCUCAGUGUUAGUGAGAUUGCUGAUGAGACUCAUAAGGGUCAAGAACACACAAAUCAUAGCCCGGAUGUGGAAGAAAAAAUAUAUUCCUCACCCAAGUGUGGUUCAACUUCGUCAUCUCCCGAGCCGCAGCAAGAUAAUCUUGGGUCACCAGCUCUGUCUAGAGGAGGUGAAAGCGAAGAAUCUCUGAGUAAAAUUGAAGCUGAGCUUGAAGCGGAACUUGAGAAGUUGGAGCUCAACAUAAAUGCAACAAGCCUGGAGGGAAGACUGUCCACUCUAGCUGAGGUAAUCGCUCACUGAGGUUUUAGUGUUCUAUGAUUCCAUGCUGCAUAUCUUCUGUAGUAAAUUCCAUGUCUGUGUUGUGGAUUAGUCGUAUUUGUUCCCCAACCCAUUAUUAUGAUUAGUUUUUCAAGUGUAUAUUGUCCUUGAUAGUCCGAAUUCGCCAUCUUCUGAUAAAUGUCUAGCUCAUUUUUCCUGCAGAAUGAUCAAAAUACUAUGACUCAUUUUCUAUGUCAGUAGCCUUCUUGAUCUUCGACCAUGGCUCACCCACCAUGAGAAUUCUUAAUUAGGGUUCUACUGAUACCGGAAAAGUGUGCUGUUUAAGGAUUGUUCUGGUUACUGACCGGAGUCCAUUAAAUGAACUUAUGUAGAUGAGAGGUGGUCAAUAAGAUAUUAUUUUUUUAGUUGCAAUCCGUGCCCUUCCAUACUCCUGGGGAGGGAUUAAAAAAAAAAAGCUCGAAAAAUUGAUUUUAGUCGAUCUUAAUCAUUGGGUUACUGGAUACUAACAUUGAUGGGGGCACAUCUCCUAUUUUUUACUCAGAAUUUUUGGGGACUAAUAUGUAAAAAAAUAGAUUUCGGUUUGAUCUUGUGACCCAUUUUGUUUAAGAUGGUAAGCUUUUGAUGAAUGAUCAAGAAGGUCAUCUUCAUGCGGUAUUUUCUGAGUCGUAAUUAAGUGUGAAAUAUUUCAGGUGGGUCCACUAAGAAAGUUCUACAGAUGUUUUUAAAAAAAAAUCCAGAAUCAAGGGUGUGAAUUUAAUGUGGAACAGAAAUUGUGGGGUUUUGGUUGAAAUUUUCAUUUGAUAUAUAUCGUCUGCUCUAUCUGAGGAUAUAUGGGAAAUUCUUGGAAGGAAAUGUGACAGAUUAUGAAAUAAAAGUGAAGUAUACGCAGAUCAGACUUGGUAGAUCUCCUAGUUGAUGAAGGUUUUUUUUUUUUUUAAAUUAAUGAAAAUGAAGGAUACUGAGAUUCAGAAUGGGUAGAUCUUUUACUGCUUUUUUUUUUAAUUUUUUUGAAUUACUAACAAGAUACCAAGGCUGUCAUUGAAAAAAAAGAGCAUACUUUGCUGGAUCUCUACAAACCAACUGGUCACAAAAUCAUCCACAAUGGAUCCCCCCACCUGUCUGCUUUCUUGUCCUCCAUGUGGCAAUGGGUCCCAAUCAAUCCCUUCCAGCUGGUGGACACAUGGCAUUCGCUCACAGACUAGAGACAGAUAAUAGGAAGUGUAAGUUCUCAUUGAUUAAUAUUAUUCACAGCUUCGUUGUUUAAUAUUACUAUUCUUGAUCAUGUUUUUCUCCCUCCCCUUCGUGAUUCUCUUAUUAUCUGAUGACUGUUCUUUAUUCGCCAAAGUAUCCGAUUUAUUUGAGCCAUCCAACAAUUUCCAGAUCUCUCAUUGCUGUCUGAUCUCUUAAUAUAUAUAUGGAUAUAUUUAUAGUUCUAUGUCCAUUUUUAAUCUGAGUGCAGAAACGACGUUGCCAAGAACUUGUUCAUGGUAGCAGUAAUUUUCUUAAUUACAUCAACCUCACCUUGAUUCAUCUUUCUUGCUGCAAAAAAAAAGAAAAUGAAUUAUGGUUCAUCAAUUAUUCGUCGCUGUUUUUUUUAAUUUUUCGUAUUAAUCUCCCAAAAUAGGAACUUGAUUCGUUGCUCAUCUUCCAUUGUUGUUCAUGGAUGAAGUAGUUUUAAUUAUAGAAAUCCCAUAUUUAUUCGUUUUUAUUAUAUCCCAAAAAGAAAAGGAACUGAUUCAUCGAUUAUUAGGGCGCUGUUCAUCUUUCUCUAUCCUCUGCUGAGCAGGUCGAACCGGAUUUUGUCGGAGAUAUCGUUCAUGGGGAGCUGAGAGUGAAUGUCGUAAAUGGAGGAUCCGAAGGAAACCAACCUGCCGCCGACAGCCGCCCCGCUGAGCCGCCAGCAAACUACGCUGUCUCCCCGAGGCAGCUCAGCCUUCGCCUCCACGAGCUGAUCCAGUCUCAGCUGGAAGACCGGAUCAAGGAGCUGGAGGAGGCGCUCAGCCACAGCCAGCGGCGGGGGGGGCGGCGGCCGCCACCGCCGCCACCGCCGCCACCCCACCUCACCGGAGCCGCUGGGGCCGACUCCCUUGGAGACUUCUCGAGCAGCGACCUGGGGUCCCUCUCCGACCCUGGAAGCCCCACCAUGGCAAUUGAUCAGCUGCCGCCGGAGAUGAGCCAUCCCCUGUGCUUGAAUCUCUCCGGCGACGCCCUCGAUGCCUACCAUGAGGCCUAUGAGGAGUUCCAGCGGUCAUCAGAGGCAGAUGAAGAGGAGACCCUGCCGCCGACAGCCGACAAUAGCAGCCCCGCCGCUGGGCUGUUGGCGGAGGAGAAGACCCUGCCACCGCCGAUGGCCGACGACAGGAGCACUGCCACUGGACUGCUCUCGGCGGAGGAGGAGACCCUGCCGCCAACGGCCGGCAAUAGGAGCCCUGCCACAGGGCUGUUAGUGGCGGAGGAGACCCUGCCACUGCCGACGGCCAACGACAGGAGCACUGCCACCGGGCUGUCGGCAGAGGAGACCCUGGUGCUGCCGAUGGCCGAGGACAGGAGCAACACCACCGGUCUGUCGGCAAAUGAGGAAUUCCAGCAGACAUCAGAGGCAGCGGAGGAGACACUGCUACUGACAGCCAAUGACAGGAGCCCCGCGGCCGGACUGUUGGCGGAGGAGGAAACCCUGCCGCCGCCGACAGCCGACGACGGGAGCACCGCCACCGGGCUGCUGUUGGGGGAGGAGUUCCAGUGGAUGUUGGAGGCGGCAGAGGAGGAGACCCUACCGCCAAUGCCCGAUGACAGGAGCCCUGCCGGCGGGCGGCUCUCGACGAGCUCGAAGAGCUCCGUGCAGGGGUCGACAUGGAGUCCAAAUUUGUAUGGCGUUGUUUAUGAUGAUGAUGAUGAUGGUGGUGGUGGUGGUGGUGGCGAUGGAGAGGAUGAAGAUGAAGAGGAUGAGGAAGGGCGGAUGCUGAUCCAGCGGAUACUGGAGAGGGCGAGGAAGGGGUCCCCUGUGGUGCAGAAUGCGCAGAGGAUGCUCUCCUUGGGGGCGGCGAAGUGCUGCUGGGACGAGGGCUUUUGA